AUGUGGAGGCCCGGCGCAGCCUGUGUUUCCUCCGCUGCCGCGCGCCUUGCAACCCGCCGUCUGAGCCGGGGCUCUGGGCGGCGGGAGGAGGCAGCGCGGCCCCCGAGAGGAACAGCUGCGACCCCUUCCUUCCUUUGCAGCCGGCCGGAUUUUCACCAUCAUUCUGUGGAUUAUGUUCUGAUGGUCAAAACCAAGAGUGUUCAGUUGACAUGUUUAAGAAGUGUAGGGAUGCUCAUUGACAAGAGUUCAUUAGAUGAAACUACAUAUGAAAAACUUGUUGAAGAAACACUGGAGUCAUUAGUGGAUUUCUUUGAGGAUUUGGCAGACAAGCAUUUUAUUCCUGAAGAUUAUGAUGUAUCCUUUGGGGCCGGAGUGCUAACAAUAAAAUUAGGUGGAAACAUGGGAACCUAUGUGAUCAACAAACAGACCCCAAACAAACAGAUAUGGCUGUCUUCACCAAUCAGUGGCCCAAAGCGUUACGACUGGACUGGGGAAAACUGGGUAUAUUCUCAUGAUGGAGCAUCCCUCCAUGAACUACUGGCUAAGGAACUUUCAACUGCAUUAAAGACUAAACUGGACUUAUCAACUUUAGCAUAUGCUGGAAGAAAACAUACUUAAUUACAAAGACUUUGACCCACAGGGUCUUCUUUCUCUUCCUCCC